CUCCACAGCCCCAGUCUCCCUGCAUGUCUCCUUCUCCCCACAGCCUCUCUCUAUUGCUGGAUGAGCCAUCAGGAAGUCUCUCUCCAUCUGCACUCUCUCUGUCUCUCUCCCCCUCAGUCUCUGCCUCUCUCCCCCUCUGUCUCUCUCCCCUCCUGCAUUAGCCCCAGAUGUGGUGGUGGUGUGUGGUGCUGCUGCGCCUGUGACACGAUGACACCACAGGCAGCUGAAUGAAGCAUGGAGGAGAGGGAAAGGGAAGACGAGGACUGUCUCACACACACCUCUCAUUAGCGGAGACUCCAUAGCAAAUCCAGGGGACAAGUGAGCGCAGUGGCCGCCCUGGGAAGGAAGCAUGCAAUGAGCUGGCUGUGCACACAUUUAUUAUAAGAUAUUUAUGGUAUGCCCAGAUCACCGAAGGGCUUCAUGACGAUUUGUGUAAAAUGCUCCGUGUCCUGGCGCCUUUGGUGCUCCUCCUCUUGUUGCUGAUGAAGUCCACUGGCAGCCCUAAUUCUAUUCGAAUUGCUGCAAUUCUUGAUGACCCCAUGGAAUGCAGUAGGGGAGAGCGACUUUCCAUUACUCUGGCCAAGGACAGAAUAAAUCGGACCCCGGAGAGGCAAGGAAAGUCCAAGCUGGAGGUGGACAUUUUUGAGCUUCUGAGAGACAGCGAAUAUGAGACAGCAGAGACAAUGUGCCAGAUACUUCCCAAAGGAGUUUUGGGGGUGCUAGGCCCAUCUUACAGCCCGUCAUCCAGUUCCAUCAUCAGCAACAUCUGUGGCGAAAAGGAGGUACCACACAUAAAAGUCUCCCCUGAGGAAUUUUUAAGGUUUCAAUUUCAGAGAUUCACAACUUUGAACCUUCACCCCAGCAACACAGACGUCAGUGCAGCUAUAGGCGCACUACUUACUUUCUUCAACAGCACCACUGCCUGUCUUAUGUGUGCCAAAGCAGAGUGUCUCCUGAACCUUGAGAAGCUCCUGCGCCAGUUUCUAAUCUCCAAGGACUGCCUUUCAGUCAGGAUGCUCGAUGACAGUUGGGACCCAACGCCACUUUUGAAGGAAAUCCGAGAUGACAAGACUAGCACUAUCAUAAUCCAUGCUAAUGCAUCCAUGUCCCACACCAUCCUGAUGAAGGCUGCUGAGCUAGGAAUGGUGUCCGCUUAUUACACAUACAUCUUUACAAAUUUGGAAUUUUCUCUGCAGCGCUUUGACAGCCCACUGGAUGAACGAGUGAACAUCUUGAGUUUUUCUAUGUUUAAUCAGUCACACGCCUACUUUCAGGAAUUCACACACAUACUUCAGCAGUCCUGGGAAGAGAACUGCGACCAUUCGCCUUUUACUGGCCCUGCACUGUCUGCUGCAUUGCUAUUUGAUGCAGUUUAUGGAGUUGUAAGUGCUGUGCAGGAACUGAACCGAAGUCAGGAGAUCGGCGUUAAACCACUUUCGUGUGGAUCAGCACAGAUUUGGCAACAUGGUACCAGCCUUAUGAACUAUUUACGAAUGGUAGAGUUGGAAGGUCUUACUGGACAUGUGGAAUUCAAUAGCAAGGGUCAAAGGACAAACUAUGAUCUCAAGAUUCUGCAGUACACCAAGACAGGUUUCCAAGAGAUUGGACAUUGGCACAUCAAUGAUGGUCUCUCCAUGGACAAGAGAUACUUCCUCCAAAACCACUCUGAUACCCUGGCUAAUAAAACACUGAUAAUCACAACUAUCCUAGAAAACCCAUACUUGAUGCUAAAGUCAAACCACCAAGAGCUUGAGGGUAAUGACCGGUAUGAAGGCUUCUGCGUGGACAUGCUAAAGGAGCUAUCGAAGAGCCUACAUUUUAACUAUAAGAUUCGCCUGGUUGCUGAUGGUGUUUACGGUGUUCCAGAGUUGAAUGGAAGUUGGACUGGAAUGGUGGGAGAAUUGAUCUCAAGGAAAGCGGAUUUGGCUGUUGCGGGACUCACUAUCACAGCAGAAAGAGAAAAGGUCAUUGACUUCUCUAAGCCAUUCAUGACAUUAGGAAUCAGCAUUCUGUACCGAGUUCAUAUGGGAAGAAAGCCUGGCUACUUUUCCUUCCUGGACCCAUUCUCACCUGGUGUGUGGCUCUUCAUGCUUCUCGGCUACUUAGCCGUCAGCUGUGUGUUAUUCCUUGUGGCCCGCCUGACUCCCUAUGAGUGGUACAGUCCUCACCCGUGUGUCCAGGGAAGAUGCAAUCUUCUAAUAAACCAAUACUCUCUUGGCAACAGUCUGUGGUUUCCAGUUGGAGGAUUUAUGCAGCAAGGCUCUACAAUAGCGCCAAGAGCGUUGUCUACACGCUGUGUCAGUGGUGUUUGGUGGGCGUUCACCCUGAUAAUUAUAUCCUCGUACACGGCAAACCUUGCUGCCUUCCUCACUGUGCAGAGAAUGGAUGUACCCAUUGAGUCAGUGGAUGACUUGGCAGAUCAGACCACCAUUGAGUACGGUACUAUACACGGAGGCUCCAGCAUGACCUUCUUCCAAAAUUCCCGCUACCAGACCUACCAACGGAUGUGGAAUUACAUGCACUCAAAGCAGCCCAGUGUGUUUGUCAAGAGCACAGAGGAAGGAAUCGCCAGAGUGCUGAACUCAAACUACGCCUUUCUGUUGGAGUCCACCAUGAACGAGUACUAUCGCCAACGCAACUGCAACCUCACUCAGGUUGGAGGACUCCUGGACACAAAGGGCUAUGGCAUUGGCAUGCCUGUAGGCUCCGUGUUCCGGGAUGAAUUUGAUCUGGCAAUCUUGCAGCUGCAAGAGAACAACUGCCUGGAGGACCUGAAGCGAAAAUGGUGGGAUGGAGGUAAAUGUCCAAAAGAGGAGGACCACAGAGCAAAAGGUUUGGGAAUGGAAAACAUCGGCGGUAUCUUUGCUGUGCUCAUCUGUGGCUUAAUAGUGGCCAUUUUCAUGGCCAUGCUGGAGUUCCUCUGGACGUUACGGAAUUCUGAGGAAUCUGAGGUUUCUGUGUGCAAAGAAAUGGUGACAGAGCUAAGCAACAUUAUUCUCUGCAAGGACAGUUUACUGCCACGUCGGAAGCGUGGCGGCAUCAUACGUGCAAGAUCUAUCAUUCAGGAUGAUAAGAGAGGACGCCAUACCAGCAUUCUUAGCAAUGGUAAACUGUGUGGGGGUAACGCCCCUGACCCAUUGGCACAGAGACUGGCACAAGAAGCAGCUCUGGUAGCAAGAGAAUGCACACACAUCCGAGUGUGUCCAGAAUGCCGCCGCUUCCAGGGACUCAGAGGACGCCCGCCUGUGGGGUCUCCAGCACAAAGUGAGGAGAGUUUAUGGGAGAAGACCACAAACAGCAGUGAGCCGGAGUAAGGCGGCCACGGGAAUCGUGGACGAAGCUAAACCUAUUUUAUUUUUUAUUUUAUUUUUUAGAGAUCAUACAAUUGUAAAAUUAAACUUUUUACAGCUAGAAUAAAAUCCUAUCCGUGGAAUAUCCAUGGUAUAACAAGAAAAUCUCCCACAAUGGAUUUGUGCGUUUUGAGCUGGAAUUAAAAAGAGAAAAAAAAUCCUGAUACCAUAAAACUACUGGUUUUUAUCAAAACUAGUAUAGGACUCUGUUUAAUGUACCGUUUUCUUGGAUUCUGAAGGUUCAUUGUCUUCCUUUAUAGAAGUCCCACACGCUUACAGGCUUCUCUUAUUUCAAUACCCACCAUUCCUGUAGCGAUAAAGAGAACAUUUCGUCUGAAAUGAUAAUUCAGUACCGGUGAGGAUAGGGUGUCCUCUGUUUAUGCACAGGAAACAGUUUUGAUGUGUUAAUCAAUUGGGAAUCUUUGACCAUGGCUUUUUGUGUGUCUUUGAAGGUAGUGCUAUGCCAGUAUUCAUCUUUUGUAGAGAAAGUCAAGCCCCACACCUCCUGGCCACACAAGAAAAGGAAAAAAGUUGUUGUCACGGGAUAUAAAUACUCAUUCAGUCAUGUAAAUAUAGAGCUUUGUCGUAAUGUAAUGAGAUAGAGGGUCACAUUUACUAAAUAAUGGUUUGUGAAAAAUACUCAAUUAUUUCCAAUUUGCUGUAAAUUAAUGGGCCCUACACACUGGCAGAUAAUACUGAAAGAUAUGAACGAUCUCGUUCAUUAAUGAACGAGAUACCGUUCAUAUCUUUCAGUGUGGAGGCAGCAACGAUGAAGGAUGCUCGGCCUCACGCUCGUUUAUCGCUGGUGCCCCGUCGCUUGUACAUGCAGGCCAAUAUGGACGAGAUUGUCCAUAUUUGCCUGCACUGCUGUGGAGCCGGGUGACGGGGGGAGUGAAGAAACUUCACUCCGCCCGUCACCGCCCCCCCCCCCCCCCCCCCCUCCCGCCGCCGGGUCGCCCGUCGGCCGUAUCUGCCAUCGGGAAGAUCGGCGGUGGAUCUAUCAGUGUGUAGGGCCCAUAACAUUCACAUGGGUAUCCGGUCUCUAGGUCGACAGUGUCUAGGUCGGCCACUAUUGGUCGACAGUAACUAGGUCGACAGGGUUUCUAGGUCAACAUGUUCUAGGUUGACAGGUCAAAAGGUCGACAUGAGUUUUUCACAAUUUUUUUCUCUUUUUGAACUUUUUCAUACUUAAUGAUCCACGCGGACUAUGGUUGGGAAUAGUAACCCGUACCGAGCACCGCGUCAGCGGAACAAGGCACCUUACCCGAAGUUCGCUCGCCAUGCAAGGGGACACGGUGCACUAAUUGGGUUUCCCGGUCACCGUACAGAGAAAACGACACCAAAAAAAAUAAAAAAAGUCAUGUAGACCUGUCGUUGUAGACCCUGUCGACCUAGAGACCCUGUUGACCUAGAAACCCUAUCGACCAAGUUCCUGUCGACCAAUAGUAGUUGACCUAUACACUGUCGACCUAGUUACUGUCGACCUUCCAUACCAUUCACAUGUGCCAGUAUCAUAACAAAAACAGCAGUUUGGGAACGUACUGCAGGAGAAGUGUACCGAAAUCUUUCUGGUGUCAUCAAAGGAAACUGUUAGAAUUUCUUAAAUCAAACUUUAGUAACUGUGGCCCUUACUGUAAAAAAAAUCUAUCUUUUCCAGGAGUCCAUAAAAAGCUGUGUAUGAAAGAACCUUAGGGAUAUUUUUGAUGAAAAAUUACAAUUCUAUGCAAUUUCUGUAAAAUAAACUUAACCAUUCUUAA